AUGCACAAGCGGUCCAUUGUGCAGCUCUCCCGUUGUCAUGCUGUCCACUGGCCCUGUGCAGCCCGGCCACGGGAUGCUGGUGUAGCUCACCCUCCGCGACGAUACUUCUAUCCCUCCCUUUCCAGAUUGAAUUCGUCCGAUCAUCCCUCUUCCAGUAACUUAGAUGCGACGACCGAUUCCCCCUCCACGAGGUCGACGCCCAAGUUUGGUUCUCGCUGGGCAAGUAGGUCAACACAAUCAGCCCUUAGUCCUGAGGAGCAGGCCGUUCGGGAUGCUUUGCGAUUGAAAUCUGCGAGUCAAGAAAAGCCGCAGCAGCAGCUGGGGCAACAAGAGUCUCGGAGUUGGCAAAAGUGGCAAAGACCACCGAUUCCACAGCAGCCUGCAACUUUAAGCCAAGAGGAACAGACCAUUCGGGACUCGUUGUUGUUCAAGUCUGCAAGCCAACAACGGGAACAGGAGAAUCAGAAACUUUCGGGCUCAUGGCAAAGAUUUUCGGGGCAGAAUACGCGACACUCGCAAACACCUCGAGGACCGCGCCGCGAUCAACAGAAAACAUCCGCCGACUCCAAAUCAAAUGCAACCAAUCUCUGGCGGUCAAGGAAGAGUGUACCACCUUUCUCUCUCGGCGACAAGAAAAGCGAGGCUAUUCAGCCCCGCAAGGAAUACGAAGUUGCUGGCCCUGGAGCGGUCCCGAGAAAGUUACGUGAUUCGGACUGGGUUUGUCCCGAUUGUGGUUUUCCAUGCUUUGGCAAGCAUAUGACCUGCCCGAAGUGCAAAGCGCGGAGACCAGUUGUGCGACACCAGACCGAUACAAUUCUGAAUCGCGGCACUGAUAGAGAAGUCCGUCCAGGGGACUGGAUUUGCCCUGGCUGUGGUCAUCGAUGCUUUGGAAAGCACGUUUUUUGCCCAAAAUGUAAAACAUGGGAUCCAAAUCCAUCUGCAGAAGCACUGAGUCGCGUAGGAAAAUAUCGUGGCACUUUUAGAGAGCAACGUCCCGGGGACUGGCUUUGCCCUGGAUGCGGUAAUCGAUGCUUUGGAAAGCAUAUUUUCUGUCCACAGUGCAAAACACGGAACCCACGCCCACAUGAGGACUCAGAAAAUUCUAAUUUUGACACUACAAGAGAACCUCGCCCCAAUACGGUGAGAGACCUUCGCUUUGACCCUUCCGGAGAGUCUGGCGGAGGGUCCAUUGGAGAGUCCAUCAAGAUUCGCAGGACCGCCCUCUCCCACGAUCCCGAAGCUGGUGACCGAUCGAGCAAUAGAAAAGCAGCGCUUGAAAAGCACUUGGCUUCAAGAUUGGACCCGGAGGAAGAUAUGGGAGACCUGGACUACCGGCGUCACAGGCGAGCGAAAUUUGAAAAGUUUGAGAGAACCGAGCGGGAGGCAGACCCAUCUUCAGAUCGAAUGAAAUCUCGUGACAAAAAGCCGAAGCGACAAGGUGGCUAUCGUGAGAGCGAAGCUGAAGUCGAAGAAUUUGACGUCGAUGAGUAUCAUAGUCGCCGCGAGGAGCGUAAGAAGCAGAAAAAAGAAAGGUCGCGGCAAAGACAGGUGGAACCAGAGCUGAGCCCGUUAUAUCUUCCCGAGUUUAUCAGUGUGAGCAAUUUCGCUGAUGUUGUCGGUAUGCGUCCUGCACAAUUCGUUGAGCGCAUGGAAGAGAUGGGCUUCGAAGACGUUUCUUACAGCCAUGUUCUUGACGCCGAAACGGCUGGCUUGAUAGCUACUGAGUUUGGUUACGAACCGAUCUUUGAUACCGGCGCCGAGCAGGAUCUAACAGCUGCUCUCGAGCCCGAGGACAAAUCUAUCUGGCCGACCAGGCCUCCUGUUGUCACCAUCAUGGGCCAUGUAGACCAUGGUAAGACUACUAUUCUGGAUUGGCUGCGCGAGUCGUCUGUUGCUGCAUCGGAGCAUGGAGGCAUUACUCAGCACAUUGGUGCGUUCUCUGUCUCGAUGCCAUCUGGUAAAAAAAUCACAUUCUUGGAUACUCCUGGCCACGCGGCUUUCCUAGAUAUGCGCCGGCGUGGUGCAGACGUGACGGAUAUUGUGGUCCUAGUGGUGGCUGCGGAUGACAGCGUUAAACCGCAAACAGUUGAGGCUAUCAAGCAUGCCACAAGUGCCAAGGUACCUAUCAUUGUGGCAAUCAGCAAGAUCGACAAGGAGGGCAUCCACCCCGACAAAGUCAAACAAGACCUCUCCGCCCACGGCAUCCAUGUAGAAGACUAUGGUGGUGAUGUCCAGGCAAUUGGUGUGAGCGGGAAAACGGGUCUGGGAAUGCUAGAACUUGAAGAAGCCAUCGUCACUCUUUCCGAGGUUCUGGACCACAGAGCCGACGCGAACGGUUCCGUUGAGGGGUGGGUAAUUGAGGGUACGACCAAGAGCUACGGCCGUGUAGCAACCGUACUUGUCCGACGCGGUACCCUCCGACCUGGCGACAUUCUUGUCGCGGGCAGCACAUGGGCUCGUGUCCGCACGCUCAGGAACGAAGCCGGCAUUUCUAUCUCUGAAGCUACUCCUGGGACGCCAGUUGAAAUAGAUGGCUGGAGAGACCAACCUACGGCCGGCACAGAAUUACUUCAGGCCGGAGACGAACAGCACGCUAAAGAUGUCGUGGAAUACAGGCUCGAGAGGGAAGAAAACCAGAAAUUGGGCGAGGAUACGACAGCCAUCAACGAGGCACGUCGUGAUAUGGUUGAGAAACGGAAGAGGGAAGCCGGAGGAGACGAAGAGUCGGCGACGGAAGAGAAAUUGUCUGGGCCCAGGGCAGUUAAUUUCGUGCUCAAGGCAGAUGUUGACGGGUCAGCCGAAGCGGUUUUGAACUCGAUAGCAGCCAUCGGAAACAACGAGGUUUAUGCCAAAGUGCUCCGUUCGGAGGUGGGACCAAUUAGUGAGUCCGAUAUCGAACUUGCCGCCGCCUCCAACGGCCAUCUCGUUUGCUUCAAUAUGCCCAUCGACGCGGCCAUGUCUCGGAUGGCAGAAUCUUUGGGCGUCAAUAUCAUGGAUCAUAACAUCAUCUACAAACUCGUGGAUGAUGUCAAGGAUACACUGAGCGAGCAACUCGCGCCUACAGUAACGCAUCGCGUCACCGGAGAAGCCGAAAUCGGCCAGAUCUUUGAAAUCUCACUCAAGAACCGAGUGAAGACGUCCAUUGCUGGAUGUAAAGUACGGAAUGGAAUGAUCAACCGGACAAAGAAGGUUCGCGUAUUGAGAGGGCAGGAAACUAUCUAUGACGGCUCGAUCUCAUCCUUGAAGAAUGUCAAGAAAGACGUGACCGAAAUGCGCAAAGACACCGAGUGCGGUAUUGCGUUUGAAGACUGGACGGAGUUUGCUGUCGGCGACCAGAUCCAAUGCUACGAGGAGAUCUUCGAAAAAAGACACCUCUAA